CAUGCGCCUUUCCUGCGAGAACACGGCUCGCCGAGCGGCGCCGUUCCUUCCCCUCACAUAUCGCGAGAAGCCGGGAUCCUGACUUUCGCCUGAGCUGUUCGUUUUUGUUAUUAAAUGUGGUUUCACUUUGGCUCGUGAGGAGAUUAUUGGCUUCCUGUAGUUCCCCCACCAUGGGAAUUCUGGAUUUCUCCGUUUAUUUAUUUUUUUAAAAGUUGCUCUCAGUUCCACCUCCUGUGGGAGGAAGAAAUGUAUAAGGAACCCGGAAGAUAAUAUUCCACGUGAGUCUAUGCUUUUUACUCGAUGGCAGGAAAGGAGGCGGUUAUGUGACGCGGCCAUUGUUGAUUGGUCAAGUGAGCUCCUGGCUGGGUGCUUCGGAGUUCGUCCUGGAAGACUCCGGCGCGAAGGGAAGAUGUUUACACAAUCUGCCCAUGGUCUUGGACAAACAUUACAAUAUCAGGGUACCGGUGUGAAAGUUUGCCUUCUCAAGUUGGGCCAUAUUGAUAUUGACUCAAGCUCAUUUACAACUCAAGAACUCAAAAAGGCUUUGUCUAAAAUGAAGGAGCACCUGAAGACAGAUGAUACACUGGAAGAAAAGGUGGACAAUGCAAAAGAUUUGCAUUCCUUUGGUGGUCUACAACUUCUGAUUAAUGCGCUAAACAGCACUGAGCCAUUGAUGAAGGAAUAUGCAUCCUUUGUUCUGGGAGCUGCACUGUCUAGCAAUUGCCUUUUGGAGCCGGUGAGGAUGGCUGCAUACCUAGAAGGGAAACUCAGGCUAACUAUCCUGGAUGCGGACAACUACUUGGAAUGGAAGACUCGACUGAGGAUUGCACUGAAAGCACAAGGACUCCACCAAGUUGUUGAGGAGACGCCCCCACCAGAAGGAACCACAAAUGCUGAAAAGACUGCCAGACAAAAUUGGCUGGUCAAGGAUGCGAAAGCUGGAGCGAUGAUAGCAGCUUCUAGCAGCUGA